AGAAGGUGUUACAGAAAAAUCCUUCCCUGGGAAACCCAAAGAAAACAUUGUCGUUCAUGUUCCGCUUACUGUUAAUACACAAACAUGACUAGCAAGUAGUUUAAAUGUAAAUUUAAAUUGUUAAAUCCCGACACAGGAACACGGUCUCUCUGGCAGUGAUGGAUUCCCUGAACAGUCUCUCCAACUUCGAGUCAGAGAUGGAGUCUGAUGGACAGGGCUCUUAUUCCCUCUUUCCGGCUCUGGACAACAUUUCGAGUCUGGCAGGAGCAGCUGAGACUCUGGAAACUGAACCAUCAGGAGAAGUCGUCGACAAACCGAACCUCACGUGGCUUGACGCUGCCCAGAUUGUUCUGGAAGAGGCGGGACGUCCGAUGCACAUCAAGGAGAUCAAGCAGAGGAUCAUUGAUCGGGGAUUGGUGCAGUCGAAUGCAAAGUCAAGCCUUGAGGCUGUGAUGUACCGUGAGACACAGAAAGGGAGCAGGCGCUUCAAGAGGAUUGAGAACAGAAAUGGAGUCUUUGCUCUCUUGACUGAUGAGGAGAGACAGCAGGCUCUGCAGGCCUUUUCUGCUCAGUCAGCCUUCUCGAGCUCAGGUUCCUCUCUGCCCUCUGGUUCCCCUCACGGCCACUCGGAGCACAGGCAGAAAGUCAGAAAGGCUCUCCGCAAGAACCAGAACGAGAAGUACAGGCUUAAGUACCUCCGUCUCCGUAAGGCUGCUCGUGCCAUGAUCUUUGAGAACGCAGCACUAGGUGAUGAGGUCGCGCGCUUGGAGGAGAAGUUUGUUCGGGCAAAAGAAGAGAGGAGGUUCUUGCUAAAGACUCUACUGCAGUACCAGUCGCUGGCAGAAGGUGAGCUGCUCUCAACCCCCGGGAGCAGUGCUCACACUCCUGCCACCUUCAGCUCCAGUGCAGCAGGGGGCGCUGUUGUACCCACAGGCCAAUGCCAGGGUUCUGGACCAUCAGUGUCUGACGAUGGCUUUCUGAAGAAACCCAAGAAAGAACGAAAGGAACGAGGGAAGGAGAAUGGAAGAGAAGAAGUGACCAAGAAGAUGUCUAAGAAGAGGAAAGUGGCCGAGGGUGGAACACGUAAACUGGUCCAGCCCAUCCCACUGGACUCCUCUGGCAGGCCUGUUUUUCCCAUCGUAUUGGGAGGGCUCACUGUCUACAGCCUGGGUGAGAUCAUCACGGAUAGAUCUCACUUCCAUGAUGAAAGCGCCAUUUACCCUGUAGGCUUCUGCAGCACGCGAGUGUUUGCCAGCAUGAAGAACCCGGAGCAGCAGUGCCUCUAUACCUGUCAGAUUAAAGAUGGCAACCAGGGACCUCAGUUUGAGAUCGUGCCUGAAGAUGACCCACAGAACGCCAUCGUGGCCUUGUCAGCUCUGAGCUGCCAUACAGAUCUGCUGAAAGCCAUCGCUGCUAAGAGAGGCAAGCCUUUGACCAGUAUCAUCCCCAAUGGUGCAGACUUCUUUGGUUUCUCAGACCCGACCAUUCAGAACUUGAUUCAGAGCUGUCCUGGAGCUCGCAAGUGCAGCAAUUACCAGUGGGUGCGCUUCGAGGUGUGUCGAGACGGACAGGCUCCUCACACACUGUCCGAGGAUGACGCAUCAGUGAAUUUUGAAGCUUUUCAGCGCCUGCUGCAUUGCGAGGAUGCUGGGAGCAGUCAGGGUCUGCCUACAGACCAGAGCAAUACAAUGCGAUCCACACAAACCAGCAUUUCAUCACAUCAACACUUAGUGAGUUCAGCAUCUCUACAGACACCUGCAAGUGGAUCUCUUUCCACCACCUGACCUCACACCCUGCUACAAAACUUUAUCAUGUUCAACCCAGUAAUAUAAAGUGGAUUGAACAGGUUUGGCUAGUCAAAGCUCUGGUGUCUAUGUAUGUAUAGUAGUUCAGAAACAUCAGCUUGUUGCUUACAAGAGUGAACUAUACUCAACAACAAGCUGUUGUCUUUUAUGUGUUUCACUUUAAUAUUAUAUGUAUAUAUGCAUAUAACAACAUUAUAUACAUGUUUCAAAGUUCAGUAGGUCAGCACUGAUUGACCUAAGUUGACUAAGUUGCCAUUAAGCAGUAUUUUGUAAAGGGAAGCUGCAUAUAUUGUGUGGUUAUAUGCUUUAAUUUUUUUUGUAUUAUUUUUAUUUUACAUUCUCUGAAUGAUUCAGAGAGUGAACAGAGUGUGCACAGAUUAAGUUCAGCCCUAAAGAAAAAAGCUUUCAGGUUACAGGUUCAUGUUGUUGAGCCUGUUCUGAGAGCCUGAAUCCUGUCAGGUCUACUUUGCUUUUGUCAUACUGCUGUAAUCUUAAGUAUGAUUCAGACAGGAUAAAGUUUCUGGACAUACAGUACUCUUAAGCACCCUAUUUUUUAGUACAAAUUGUUGUAAAUGUUUAUUUUAUGACUUCUGCAUUACUGAGUCAGUACAAAAACAUUUAAUAUUUCCAAAUAUUACUUUUCCCACAAAAAUAAAUGUUGCAGAAAAAAAUUUGUAUGUCAGUGAAGAAUGCAACAUAUGUAAUAGACCACUUUUUAGACAAAAAUGAAUGACACUGGGUUUUGCAAGGGAAAAAAAAAAGAAGAAGAAGAAGCAAGUGCUACAGUUGAAGAACUGUAGCAGAUUCUCCAAGAUGCUCAGUAAAACUUACCGGUUAUUUUCCGUAUAAAAAUGCACAAAGGCUACUGAUGCAUUUUUAAAAAGCAAAAGGUUAUCACACUAAAUAUUGACUUUGCUUAGUUCAUUACUGUUUACUGCUCUUUAUAAUCUUUUUUAAUGUAGAAAUGCUGGAGUCUUCAAUCUUAUCCACUAAGGUUUACUGUGGCUGCAGGCUUCCAAUCCAGCCAGCAGGAGCCACACCUGAUUUCACUUGUUUAAUUAGUUCACCUUCGUCCCCAAUCAGCUAUCAAGUGUGUCUCCAAUGUGGCUGUAAUGAAGGCCUGCAGCUACACCGGGCCUUUGCAGACAAGAUUGAGGACCCCUAGUUUAAUGCCUUUAUUUUUAAUGCAUCUUUGAUAUAUAGCAUUACUUUGCAUGUGCCUAAGACUUUUACACAGUACUGUAUGUCUGUUAAGUAACAUUGCCAGUAGUAAAUAUGAUUGCACAUAAUAAGCGAUCUGUAAUAUAAAUCACAAAUGGAA